AUGCAGUAUUGAUUGCCGGAAAUUCGGAAUACUUGUAGUAAAAAUUGCUAAUAAGAAUUUUACUCAAAAUGGUGUUAGCUCAUGAAAUGGCAGAAGGAACAAGGACUAAAGAUAUCAAAACAUCCCAAGGCGUCACGUUCAGUUCUUUGCUGCUUGCGCCUGAAACUUUAAAAGGGCUACAAAAUUCCGGCUUUUUCAAACCUUCUCCAAUACAAUUACAUGCUAUUCCACUUGGAAAAUGUGGUUUCGACUUAAUACUAGAGGCGAAAUCAGGCACUGGUAAAACCGCUGUUUUUUCCAUUAUUGCAUUAGAAAAACUGGACUUGCAAAAAGGAUUGCAGACCAUUGUUUUAACUCCUACACGAGAAAUCGCUGCUCAAGUAUGUGACGUAAUAAAGCAGAUUGGAUGUAGCUAUGAAGGCCUACAAGUAGAAGUUGUCAUGGGUGGUUUACCGGUCCAGGAUGACGUAGCUAAAUUUAAGAAAAAAGUACACAUUCUAGUUGGAAGCCCAGGCCGACUGCGGCAACUUGUUCAAGAAAAGUAUGUCAGUGUGACUUCAGUCAGGCUCAUAGUAUUUGAUGAAGCAGAUAAACUAGUUGACAAAAGUUUUGUGGCAGAUAUUAACUACAUUUUUUCUAGCUUACCACAAGAAAAACAGGUUAUAAUGAGUAGUGCCACUUAUCCUGAAAAAGCUAGAGAAGCAAUUAAUAAAUACCUGCAAGGUGCUCAACAUAUUUGUCCUGAUACAGACAGUAUUUUACUUGGCAUUGAACAAAGGGAUUGGAAGAGCAGGUAGAUUUGGAUCUUAUGGCGUAGCUGUAACAAUUCUCAGUAAAGGACAGGAAGAAAAUAAAUUUAAAACCAUGAUAAGUGAAAUCAAAGGAUCAAUCAACUUGAAAGAAUUUUGGGAUGAUGAAACAUUUGUUG